CAAUGUCGCUUUGUGUAUAGUGACUACAUAUUGAUUUUUGUCUAAUAUUACUUAUGUCUACUUGUGUUGUGGACCUAUAUUUUUUUUAAACUGAAAUUUUGUUGAGAAAGGAUGAAAGUAAAACUUUCCAAAAAAGUUUCACCCGGUAACAUGGAGGUUCCAAACAUAGUGUUUUCGGAAAAGAAUGAUGUGUACGAAAGAAUUUGAUUAUCUAAAUGAGGCCAACCAAGCUACACGUUUUCAAAAUGUGUGGCUUCCAGGACGAUAUACUGAUUGCAAUCACAUGAAAAGAAAACAAGAGGAAGUGAACGGAGAAGAAAAUUCCACUUGGCGGAGUUCUUCGUCAUUUCAAUGAUGUGGAUGAACUGGUGGCGAGCUUGAGGGGAUGGCGCGACGGAAUUCGUCGUGACAUAGAAUGGAGCAGAAGAUUCAUAGAUCGUCUGCGACACGCACGCGGCGAUCUCCUCAACAAAACGCGUCAGGAGAAUAGAGAAUUACGCAAAAUAAUUCUCAAUCUCGAGGCCCUGGAUGAGAUUGAAGGACUCAUUAGAGUAUGGACAGAAUAAAUGCUUCUGGUCUCCUUGCCAUUCAAGUCACCAUUCAAGUGCCACCAUGUCUGGUCUCCUCGCCAUUCAAGUUAUAAAUUACAAUUUCCAAUUUUUUCUGAAUAAAAGCUUUGUUUUCGUUUUAUUUGUUUAAUAAACGAUUUGGAUGAAA